CACCACCUCGUCGACUCGUCUCUAGUCCGUACGUAGGGGCCAGCACGACACAUCGGACGAUACUGACAACAGCAUACAUGGCAUGAUUCCGUUGUCUGCCUCUCAUCCACAUACAAAGCCAUCUUUUCGAAAUCAUGUACUUAUACCGUCUUCCAUUUCCUAACGCCAAUUCUAUCACAGUCAUAACGUUCAAGCAUCCAUCUUAACUGAAGCUACUAAAUCACAAUGUCUGUCCUCAUCGCGUACGCCACCUCCAGAGGAUCAACAGGCGAGAUCGCCAACCGCAUCGCGUCCCGCCUAGAGACCUUCAUCAAACCCGUCACCUGCCUCCCCGUCAGUGAAGUGCAGCCCGGCUCCCUCCCCAGCUACUCCGUCAUCGUCGUCGCCAGCGCCAUCCACGCCGGCUCCUGGAUCAACCCCGGCCACUGCUUCGUCCGCACCAACAAAGCCGUCCUCCAGAGCAAGCCGGUCUGGGCGUUUAGCGUGGGCAUGCCGCCGACCGACGAAGAGCACGCGGCGGAGGAGAAGGCGGUGGCGGCGAGUCUGCGCAAAGAUCUGCCGGAUCUGAGGGGACAUACGCUGUUCCAGGGGGCGUUCUUCAAGGAGGAUAUGCCGUGGUGGAUGGGGAUGUUCAUCCGCUUCAUCCCGAAGGAGAGGCAGAAGUGGGGGGAUGCGCGGAAUUGGGAGGAGAUUGAGGGAUGGGCGGAUAAAUUAAGGAACGAAGUCAAGGCGCUGAACAAGUCCUAGGGGUACUCGGUUUUGAUCUGUUCGAGCUUGUAAGCGAUCUGAUUUGGAUAUCAUCUGUUGUUGUUGGCUUGGAGCGAUUGGAGUAACCGGGGACGGGGUUUGCUUUGGAAUUUGGCUCAUUCCUUCAUUAGGACAUAAUUAUAAAUGGAUUAUUAAUGUGUCUGCCUGACACAAGACUCGUACAAA